GAAAAAACGUCGCGGACGAAUUCGCGCUCGGAGGAAAGAGACGAGCGGAGCCACGUGAUUCAAUACACAAGACAAAAGUGCAGAAACAAAUGUGAGCACACACGACGACUCGGAGGGAAUUUAAACGUUUAUCGCUGUAACCGGCUUCCGAAAAAUUACGGUUAUCAUAUUUCGCGUAUCGCUGACAAGAUAAUAAGCCGCGUUGAGAAUCGCGACGUUCCGGAAGUGAAUUAAACCGCGAUGUAGAAUCCCCGAUCGCGAGGUUUAUUUUCACGAGAUUUUUCUUCCUUCGCGCGGCUUGUUUUUCAACGUUUCUCAUAAUCCUGAGUAAAACAACGUCGCAUCGGAAGUUCCUCAAGAUUUAUUCGACUCGGUGCUCCGACAAAAGCGUCUGCGAUUGUUGUUCUUUUGCACCGCGACGAGGGCUUUCCCCGAAGAUCAACAGGAUGGUCGCACGAGCCAAGUACUGGUGGAAAACAUUCAACAGUGGCGGCAUUCAAGGCAUCUUCGCCGGCCUCGCAGCCCACUCGGGACAAAUAUCUGUGGGCCUCUCGCAGGGCUUCAGUGCCGUUCUAAUACCGAAACUCUUGGAAACAAAGUUCGCAACCGUUUCCGAAGGAUCCUGGAUAGCUUCACUGGGCGUCAUAUCGAACCCCAUCGGAGCACUGAUCGCAGGGUCUCUGGCUGAAUGUUUUGGACGCAGAUCGGCCAUCGCGUUGGCGACUCUUCCCCACAUGGCUGGUUGGCUCCUCAUAGCUCUGUCGACCAAUAUUCCGAUGCUGUACGUCGGUCGUUUCAUCAGUGGAAUCGGAACCGGAAUGGCCAAUGGCCUGUACCUCUACGUCAGUGAGGCAGCGGCACCGCACCAAAGAGCCUGGCUCGCGAGCUCUGGUCCUGUGCUCGUUUCUUUCGGGGUUUUGAUGAUUUAUACACUGGGAGCUUUGACGACGUGGCAGAGAACAGCAGCCAUAAGCAUCGGGCCUGCCAUACUUUCGUUGGCUUUAACGAGAAUGCUCCCAGAGACUCCUGCGUGGCUGGCGACUCGUGGGCGCGUCGAAGAAGCCAAGGAAUCACUGUUUUGGUUGAGAGGUCCAGGAAUCAGCACCGAAAACGAGUACAAAGAACUGUGCUCGACGAACGUCAUACGAGAAAAGGAAAAAUCGACGAUUAUCGAGGCCCUCCAUAGCCCAAGAGUCUGGAAACCGUUUUUAAUCCUCUUCGCCUUCUUCGCCCUCCAACAAUUAUCCGGAAUUUACGUAAUUCUAUUUUACGCCGUAACCGUACUGGAGGAUAUCGGUGUCAAGAUGGACGCCUACACCGGAAGUGUUGGACUAGCCUUGGUACGACUUGUCGCAUCCCUCCUCGGAGUUGGACUCGCUGGAUAUUUCGGCAGAAGGACUUUGGCCUGUGCCAGUGCUUUCGGCAUGGCUGUUUCAGCAGGUGGAGUCGCCUUGUCGAUGAGAUACGAUGUUCCUUCGUGGAUUCCAUUGGUCUGCGUGGCCCUGCACGUUGGAUUUUCGAUGAUCGGUUAUCUGACGCUACCAUGGGUAAUGACAUCGGAGCUCUAUCCGUUGAGGUUUCGUGGUGCAGCGGGUGGAUUAACAACGAGCAUAGCUCAGUUGAUGACAUUUGCAGCGAUAAAAACAUAUCCUGACAUGAGUUAUUCGAUUGGCCUUGAAGCAACGAUGUGGACAUUCGCAUGCGUCGCUCUGAUAGGAGCAGCAUUUGCGAUAACGGUGUUGCCAGAAACACGAGGUCGCAGUUUGGAUCAGAUCGAGUGUAGAUUUUCAGGAGAGUGUGAGGAAAUGGGAGGAGAUCAAAAUCCCCGGAGCAUUGUUGUUCCUCAGCCAAAGAACGUCACGCUCAAAAGAUUCACUUCGAUCACCGAAGAAAAACAUUCGAACAUGGUCACGAAUGCUUUUGCUUAUGACAACUUUUGCCUCGAUCUUACCAACGAGAAUUCUUUGAAAACUCAAGACGAAUUGAACUUAGGGAAACGCGAAUGGACUCCUAGUACAGACACAAGAAUUCCUGUCAUCAGUACUAUUUUACUGGAGCAUGCGUACCUCUGAGAUUUCAACACACUCACAAGACUUUUUCGUAUGCAGAUUUUUCCGACUUAUUUUCACUCAUCGACGUGUAUUUUUUCCAUCGAGCCAUUUUUUUAUCAGUUUUUUUGUACAUUUUCCAAUUUCACGUUUGUUUUUUUAACUCUUUUCAUAUUUUGACGUUUCUUCGACCACUUAACCUCAAUUUUUAUCGGAUUUGUUACAAAAAUUUUGUGUUUCUGUUCACUGUUGAUUUUGAACUAUUUGGCUUUUUUCGGUUUUCAUUCCCAUUCGAGUUUUUUCUUUACGAGAAAAUUUCGUUUCCAGUUGUCGUUAUUCCCAUUAUUGUUAAAUUAUGUACACGUCUUCCAUGUUUGAUUAAGCAUUCAAACUCGAUCUCUUGUUGCAAUUGUGAUUUUUUUGUAAAUAUUGUAUGAACAAAGAAUUCUCGUUUCUCGUUAUAGAAUCAACGUAUGACGUUUAUUGUACAUAGAAAACGGUUCGACGAAUGCUGGCUGCUCAUUGGUACUUCGAUGCACUCGCAAUAAUCGGAGACUGCAUUUUUCUUUUAUACACAAUAUAGAAAUGCACUUUUCAUACGACGUCGUUGCACCCCAGCAUUCACGAGUCCAAGUGCCGUUCAGUAUUAUAAUUGUAGAUUUAUGAAUAUUAUUAUUGUUACUUUAUUAUUUUUAUCACAUAAAUGUACGAUAUUUAUUCACUUCCGUCUGCAAUCAAAGUAAUACGAAGGCAUAUCUGCAUCAACGGACAUAUUUGUAAAUAAUCACAAAAUGCAUUCCUUGCCGCGAUUAUUCGCUCAGGAAUGCAAAAUAAUUGUUGAACUCAUUCCAGAAAUUAAACUGUUUCCUCUAUCUGGAAUAAUAAACCGACUCAUUUUUAUAAAUGGACACGAAACUGAAGUACACAAACUGAUUCUAAGCAAUGUUGACCGCGUUCGGACACUGAUCCCACCAUACGCGCGCCACUUUGUUCAAUGUCGACCAAUUUUAUACUUGUAUAUAUUAUUUUGUAAACUAUUUAUUGUACAAAAUGUCACUAUUCACAAAAAAAAACUAUGUAUCCCAGUGAAAAAAUACAGUAAAAACUCUGUAAACUAAA